AUGGCGGAGACAACGACUCGACACAGGACAUCAAAUCUGGCACAGGCUGGAUCAACGGGCGAUUGGCGACAUCGGUGGUGGCGGUGGCUUAAGGCGGCCGUAGUGACAAGAUCCACAUCCUGCGGGAGGCCAUCGAUGGCGCUUCCAGUACUACUGCUGCUGCUGCUGAGUACCGUCGGACAACACGCGAACGGUGAACCAAACUGUCCGUUAGCCUGCCAGUGUAAAUGGAAAGGCGGCAAACAGGCGGUCGAGUGCCUAAGUGGCAACCUAUUCACGAUCCCGGAGAACAUCGACCACUCGACGCAGGUGUUGGACGUGUCCGGUAACAACCUGCAGAUCAUCUCGAACGAGACGUUCGUGCGUUCGAACCUGCUGAACCUACAGAAGCUGUAUAUGCGCGAUUGUCGCAUCGGACAGAUCGAAGACCGUGCGUUCGUGGGCCUCACAAACCUUGUUGAGCUGGAUCUGUCCGUUAAUCUGCUAACGGCGGUGCCAUCAGACGCUUUCCAGCACAUUGUGUCACUGCGCGAUCUCACACUCGCACGCAACCACAUCCAGAAGAUCGAGAGUCACGCGUUCCGCAAUGUGACGGCAUUGACGAAGCUUGAUCUGUCGUUCUGCAGCAUUCAAACGAUCGCACCACUAGCCUUCGAAGGGCUUGGUGCACUACAUUCGCUCAAGCUAAACGGCAACCAGCUUUCGGAACUGGUACCUAAGACGAUCGAUACACUGCGGCGUCUGACUGGCAUCGAAUUGCACGAGAAUCCGUGGCUUUGCGAUUGUCGGCUGCGCGAAGCCAAGAAAUGGCUGACGGAGCAGAACAUCCCGUAUCCGAUCGCACCGACGUGUGCCGGUGGACCAGAGCGGGUGCUCGAUAAGACGUUUGGUGAGCUGCAGGUGGAUGAUUUCGCUUGUAAGCCCGAAAUGCUGCCAGUGCGACGCUUCAUCCAGGCGUAUAGUGGCGAAAACGCGACGAUCGAGUGCCGCAGCACAGCCGUGCCAGCCGCAAUCGUCAACUGGUACUGGAACGGGAAGCUUUUGGUGAACAACUCGCACUUCAGCGUGUACCAGCGUGUGCUGAUGCACGAACAGGGUUUGUACGAGAAACGCAGCCGCCUAACGCUGACGAACGCACAGGAGGCGGAUUCGAGCGAGUUCUACUGCGUGGUCGAAAACCGAGCUGGUGCAGCUGAGGCCAACUUCACGCUGCAGGUGUUGGUGCGUGACAUUGGCUUCGCGAUGGAAAACCGGCAGAUCAUCGGGCUGAGUGCGGCCCUCGUCAUCCUGAUAAUGUUCAUCCUGCUGAUCAUACUGUUCCUGUUGGUGCGAUUACGGCGCAUUCCGAUGACGGAGACCAAGACACCGAACCAGGUCGAGGUGAUCACGUCCGUAAGUCCCUCUAGCAAUGCGAACGGCAAGGUGGCGACUCCCAUUAACGAUUGUCAUUCUCCAGAUCGAAAAAACGCCGCCGGCGAUCUAAAGUGCGGCGGCUUGCCGGCGGCCAAUCCGGUGCAGAAGCCGCCACGGUUGACCGACCUGCCGUAUUCGACGUCACACUACGACGGAGGUGGCAGUCUGAUCGCUUCCGGGCAGUGUUUCGUUUCACCAACACACUCGCUGGCGGGAAACAAUCCGGAUCUCAUCAACGACACCAAGCGGCUUGGCAGUGGCACGGAUCUGGCCGCCUCAGCCGCCGCCGCCGCCGUCACCGGUGUUGAUCCGCUGGCACAUCUCAGUCAGCUGCAGUUGCAGGCUUCGACCGCUCUUAGUGCUGCACUUUCGCUGAUGGAUCCGGUCGAACGACCUGGUAGCGGUGAAUAUAGCCGUGCUGGUUGCGAUUCGCUUUAUCCGUCCGGGCUGUGGGAAACGCAUGGUUCCGCGCUACACCACGACCACCAGCCGCACGGCGGCUACUCCGACAAACUGCCCAUCCUAGGGUCGGGCUCUUCAGCCGUAGCUGCAGCCGCACCAUCGAUGCUGAACAUGGACGAUGAGGCGUCCUCAGUGGAUUACCUGAGUCGGACGUUCCCACGGACCACCGCCGGGUUGUCACUGGCUGCGUCUGGGCCCGCGUAUGGUGCCUCGAGCUCGGCAGCCGCCACCGGAAGUGGCGUUCUAAUCGGAAGCGGUGGAGUCGGUGGUGGCUACCCAGCGGACUAUGGGCUACCGAUCGUGCCCGGUGCCGAACAGCUACACAACAAGCUGGCCAGUGUGCAACCGGCGCACCACGGCAGCACCGGCAGUAUGCCGAUGAACGCGAAAACGCUGCGAGUGUGGCAGAAAGGCGGCGUGCCGGUUCUGCCACCGGUCACGGCCUUAAAACGUGCUUUAUCCAACAGCCGCAACUCGCCCGACGAAGGCUACCAGGAGGGCUGCGGGACGGAUGUGUAG